AUGGAGAAGAAGGAGCAGGAGAAAAGCAAUCGCGAUGGCAGAGAGAACGAUAGCCUUGAGGAUGGUGUAGUUCCUCCUCCCUAUGGUGCUGUCAGGCAGACGAACAAAGCUUUCCACUUCGACGAACACGACCUCGAUCGCGUCCAGCGCCGUCUGAAGCAAAGGCAUGUUCAGAUGAUUGCUAUUGCUGGUACCAUCGGUACUGGUCUAUUCUUGGGCUCAGGUGGCGCUUUGGCAACAGCAGGCCCUCUUGGGGCUUUGAUUGCAUACGCUCUUGUCGGAACUGUGGCAUACUCGUCGCUAUGCGCUGUCGGAGAGAUGUCUACUUGGGCACCAAUAUCCGGGACAUUCCCACAUUUUGCUGCCCGUUGGGUUGACCCUGCUCUUGGGUUUGCGACAGGAUGGAAUUACUUCUACACCAAUGCCAUCUCCACACCGUCAGAGAUUACAGCGGCAGUCAUUUUGCUAACCUUCUGGGAUCAUAACACUGAUCACAUACCGGCCUACACUGCUGUUCUCUGCGUUUUAGUUUGCCUUAUCAAUAUCUUUGGCGUACGCUAUUUUGGAGAAUCUGAAUUCAUAUUCGCCUUGAUCAAACUUACCCUUAUUAUUGGACUUCUUCUCGUUGGUUUGGUUGUGGACCUAGGAGGUGGCCCCAAGGGAGAUCGUAUUGGAUUCAGAUAUUGGAAAAAUCCUGGGGCCAUCAAUCGUGCUGGUUUAGUCAACAGUCAUAUUGGCAUUGAUCGCUUCCUCGCGAUGCUGAGUGUUUUGGUCAACGCAGCGUUCUCUUUCCAAGGAAUGGAGCUCGUGGUUAUUGCCGCCUCAGAGACUGAGAGCCCCCGUCGUAACAUUGCAAAGGCAGUUCGUCGAGUAUUUUAUCGCAUCUUGAUAUUCUAUAUUUUGGGUAUCCUCAUGAUUGGUAUGCUCGUGGCUUACAACGACGAAGAUCUUUUGAGCUUGCAAGGCAACAACACUGCUUCAUCAUCUCCAUUCGUUAUUGCGAUUAAACGCGCUGGUAUCAACGUGCUACCGCAUAUCGUCAAUGGUUGUAUCUUUACGAGCGCCUUCUCCGCCGGGAACAGCUUCCUGUUCUGCUCAUCCCGUGUUCUUUACGGUCUUGCUUUACGUGGCCAGGCACCGAGGAUUUUGACUUAUUGCACAAAGAAGGGUCUUCCUCUGUAUGCCGUUUUGGUAGCGUCAUGUUUUUCAUUUUUGUCGUUCAUGAGUGUUUCUUCAGGCUCAAACAAAGUUUUCGUCUGGUUCGUCAACUUGUCGACAACAGGAGGAUUCACGAGUUGGUUUGUCAUGAACAUCACCUAUAUCUACUUCCGUCGUGGAAUGCUCGCUCAGGGAUACGAUCUAACGAAAAAUUCAUACCAUAACAAGUGGCAACCAUACGUAUCCUACUGGGGUGCUGCGUGGACCUUGUUCUUCAUUUUCGUAAACGGCUUUGCCGUGUUCUGGAAUUUCGACGCCGCUGGUUUCCUGACAGCUUAUAUCAACAUACCCAUCUUCGUGGUUUUAUACCUUGGAUAUAAAGUUUGGAAACGAACCCAAAUUUGGGACCCCAUGGAGAUGGACUUUGUCACGGGCAUACCUACACUUGAAGAAACCGAAGAACCGGAGAUACCGCCCAAAAAUAUCGGAGAGAAAAUUGCAGAUAUUAUCUUCUAA